UUUUACUUAAGGUUAGUUUGUGCAUCGAAAGUAACUGUGUAUUUGGACCUGUGUAAUAGUUGUGAGUGUGAUUUUGAUACGAACUUGACUAUUGGCCGUGAAAAUUACAAAUAUUGCUCGUGUUACUGUAUUGCAAUGGUAACAUAGUUGGAUUUCAACGUUGAGAGAAUAUUGUAACCAAUUUGCAAACUCGAAUUGUGGCCUUAAGAAAACAUAGUAACCUGUCUCACUGGAGCCAAUUCAGCACAACUGUACCUUUAUAAAUAAUUUAAUUCAGACUUAUAAUUAAGUACACUACACACGGUUAAAAAUAGUAAAAGGAAAAUUUCAAUAGAUACAAAAGUGGUCUAGUUGAUAUUUUAAUAUGAAAAUGGUUCCUGAAAGAAUUCAGAUCUCCUUGAUGGAGGAAAUGGAGGCAUUAUUAAAUCAAGGUCAAGAUAUAAAUGCCCAAGAUGAAUACGGCAGAACACUUCUGGACAAAGCAGUUUGGAGGGGUUCAGAGCCUGCAGUUGAUCUACUGCUGGAGAGGGGAGCAGACGUUAAUAUCUGUAACAACAGAGGAAGGUCUCCUUUACAUUUGGCUGUCUAUAGAAACAAUGCAACUAUUUUUGGAAAAUUAUUUGAUAAAGGGGGCAAUCUAAAUCUAGUAAAUAAGUUGAAAUCUCCUCUUGAAUUAAUAAUUAAAAGAAGAUGUUUAAAAAUGAUUGAAACUCUUAUUGACAAAGAAUUUGUUUUUGAAAAUGAAGUGCAUGAUUUCCCACUCCUUCAUUAUUUUGUUUACAUACAUUAUGUAUCGGGAGUGGAGGUAUUGUUAAAGAAAGGAGCAUAUUUGAACUGCAAAGACAAACGAGGUAAAAGUCCUCUUCAUAUCGCCAUUUGCAGACAGUACAUUGAUAUUACACAAAUACUUCUCAACAAAGGUGCAGUGGUGGAUAUCGGGGAUAAUGAAGGUGAGACACCUCUUCACUGUGCUAUUAAAAGAGACUUUAAAGCUGGUGUUGAGUUAUUGCUUAGGCAAGAGAGACGGGGAAGAUAA